AUGGAGGGAGGGAGGGAGGUAAAACGAUGGGGUUGGAGGAUAUAUAUAUAUCUUCAAAUUCUGUUCUUUGGUUUAGUGCCCACGCAGAAAGACAUAAAGCGAGGUAGAGGAGGGAGAAAGAUGGGGAGUGAGAAAGAUACUGUACUUUUAGGAAUGGUCUCAUGAUCUCUUGUGCCCAAUCCCCAGUCAGACCCUAGCCUAUACCCCAACCCCCUACCACUGACCCCUAUUUAAUGCUCUCUGUCUGUCUGUUAGCCUCAGCAGCCAAAGAGAAUGAGGAGCGUGUGUUCCGAGAGCGGAUUGGUCCUCGGCGGCGGCAGGGGGCCGUCCGGAGGCGUGUCCACCAGGUUAACGGACACAAGUUCAUGGCCACGUAUCUACGGCAACCGACCUACUGCUCACACUGCCGAGACUUCAUCUGGUGAGAAACACACACACACGUCAGCCUCAAACCUCCACCCUCUGUCCACUGUCCCAUCCUAGGGCUCCCUCUGCUGGCGAGACCCAGAUAAAGCGGCUCAUAAAUCAGCUCCAAUAAUUAUUAUAUUAUAAUUGUCCCUGUUUUCUCUAUAAAUCUCUAUCUGACUUUCUCUCUUCCUCUUUUUCUCCCUUUCUUUCUCUUUUGCUUUAAUAGGGGAGUGCUGGGAAAGCAGGGUUAUCAAUGCCAGGGUGAGAACAAGUUGUCUCAGUAUGAAAAUGUAUGACCUCACUAACUGUAAGUCGCUCUGGAUAAGAGCGUCUGCUAAAUGACUAAAAUGUAAAUGUAAAAUGUCUCUCUUUCUGUCUGGGUUCUUGAAUGAUUCUGAAAGUUCUAGAGCAGUGGUUCUCAAACUUUUUAUAGUCCCGUACCCCUUCAAACGUUCAACCUCCAGCUGUGUACCCCCUCUAGCACCAGGGUCAGCGCACUCUCAAAUGUUGUUUUUUUGCCAUCAUUGUAAAGCCUGCCACACACACACUAUACGAUACAUUUAUUAAACAUAAAAAUGAGUGUGAGUUUUUGUCACAACCCGGCUCGUGGGAAGUGAAAAAGAGCUCUUAUAGGACCAGGGCACAAAUAAUAAUAAUAAUUUUAAAAAAAUCUCUUUAUUUAGCCAUCUUACAUAUAAAACCUUAUUCGUUCAUCAAAGAUUGUGAAUAACUCACCACAGGUUAAUGAAUAGGGUGUUCUUGAAAGGAUGCACAUACCUCUGCAAUGUUGGGUUGUAUUGGUAGAGAGUCUCAGUCUUAAAUAAUUUUCCACACACAGUCUGUGCCUGUAUUUAGUUUUCAUGCUAGUGAGGGCCGAGAAUCCACUCUCACAUACUGUAGGUACGUGGUUGCAAAGGGCAUUAGCAACAAAUGCAGAAUUACUGAUGCUAGCAUUGGAUGUGCCGGUGGAAGCAGAACAACUUGUGUCGUCGACAGUUACAGGUAUAGUACUGCUGGUAGUAGUAGUAUACCAGUAGAGCUGGUAUGUGUCUCUAUGGAUGCGGGCCUUACUUAUUUUUAACCAUUUAUCAAUUUUCAAGCAAACGGAAUGAGCAGCAGCUACGUUUGGCCACAUAGUGGAAUUCCCGCGAGAGAGCAACUGUUAAUGUGAUUGGAUGUUAAUUAUUUGACUAGGCUACCUGUAUUUACCUGACAUUGUGUUGUUAUUUCUCUGAACACUAGAUGGUUUAAUUUCAUUUUUGGCAGUGAAACGAGGCUACUCAGGCGAGAAAAAAACAUCACCCAAAUAUAUAGCCUCAUUGUCAAAUCUAAAUGGACUGUUUGAAAAAAAGAUUUGGGCGUAGCCCCAACGGCAUUGCGCGUACCCCUGGGGCUACCCCAGUUUGGGAAUAGCCGUUCUAGAGUGAUACAUUAACAUUCUAGAAUGAAUUGAGACAUUGUCUGUCUGUUGUAUUAUUAUCGUGUGUUGUUCAGUGUGGAAGUGUGUAAUUGUGUGUGUGUUUAUUGCAGUGUGCACGUGUGUGGUCCAUAAGCGCUGCCAUGAGCACAUUAUCACCAAGUGUGCCGGGAUGAAGAAGCAGGAGGAUACACCAGAGGAGGUAUUGCGGACUGUUUAAUGGUGGCUAUGUUGACCAAUGAGUUACCGCAAUGUGUUUUGGUUUGGAACCCAGAUGCGUUGCAAUCUUUGCUCUCCUCUCUCCCACUACUCUCUCCUCUUCUAUCCUAUCAUCUCUUCCUUCUGAUAAAUCCUUCUUAAUCCUGACUCCUGAUUCUGCCUCUUCGACCCUACUCUCCUCCCUUUCCUCAUCCUAUGACUCACACUGUCCCCUCUCCUCCCGGCCGGCUCGGCCCUCCCCUCCUGCUCCUUGGCUGAGAAACUCAUUGCGAGCUUACAGAACAGGGCUGCAGGCAAUUGCCAAACUCUCUCUAUUAUAGACUAUAUGGUAUAUUAUUAUAUUUGGGCUGUAUUUCUCUGUGCUCUGUUAGCUGUUAUAAGAGAGAUGUUCCCAUGUAGAUAUAGAUUCACAUCAACAAACAGUCACCAAUUCUCCCUCCCUCCUUUCCUCCCUCCUUCCCUCCUCCCCUCCUACUCCCUCUCUCCAGGUUGGUGCCCAGAGGUUUAGUGUCAACAUGCCUCAUAAGUUCAGAAACCACAACUACAAGGCCCCUACCUUCUGUGACCACUGUGGAUCUCUACUAUGGGGACUGAUGAGGCAGGGCCUGCAAUGCAAGGGUAUGUGUGUGUGUGUAUGUGUUCACUUUGAUAAUGAAGGUGGUUAUGUUUUCAUAGGUCAGAUAAAACAGAUCCACUGAUGUGUGUGUGUGUGUGUGUGUAGCAUCUUUCAACACACACUGUGUGUGUGUUUGUGUGGUAGUGUGUAAGAUGAGUGUUCAUUGUGAACAGAUGGUGUGAGAAUAAUGUAGGUGCUAAUUAUGGUGUGUGUGUGUUUAGUGUGUAAGAUGAAUGUCCACAAGAGGUGUGAGGCCAACGUAGCUCCCAACUGCGGUGUGGACGCCAAAGGCAUUGCCAAAGUCCUGGCUGAAAUGGGAGUCACUCCUGACAAGAUUUCCACUACUGCACAGCGCAGGAAAAAGGUACACACACAUACAAGCAAGCUUUUCUGUCCUUAUUGGGACCUAACAUUUAUUUCCAUUCAAUAUCCUGUUUUCCCUAAAAACCUAACGUAAACCCCUAUUCCUAACCCUAACCCUAAUUCUAACCCUUAACCUAAACCUAACCCCUAUGCUUAAAAUAGCCUUUGUCCUCAUGGGGAUGUGGGAAAUGUCCCCACGAGGGAGAAUUUUCCUUGUUUUACUAUCCUUGUGGGGACUUUUGGGGAUUUCAGGUCCCCACAAGGAUAGAAGAACCAGUACACACACACACACACACACUGAUGAUGGGGAUAUGAUGGCUCUCUUUCCUCUCUCUCUCUCUAGUUACCACCAGGGGUAGACUCCCAGUCACCUUCAGAACUCUCAGACGAGCUUCCCCCCACAUCCCCCUCACAGCACGGUAACACACACAUGGUCACAGACACACGCUCACACACAUGGUCACAGACACACCCGAAGUCACACAGUUGUCUGACUUUCUUUAUGUGCGUGUGUGCAGAACUGGCUGAGUUGGAGCGGCUACAACGGGGGAUGUCGUUAGAGAUGCGAGGUUCUUCCUCCUCGUCCUCCGGUUCCUCCUCUACCUUGCGGGACAACGGAGCAGCGAAGAGGACUCUCAAAGACUUCAGCUUCAUCAAGGUCCUGGGAAAAGGAAGCUUUGGAAAGGUAAGGAGAAGGAGGGAGGAGAAGGAGGGAGGAGAGGAGGAGGGAGGAGGGAGGAGGAGGGGGAGAGAGGAGGAGGAGGAGAAAAAGGGAGGAGGAGGAGGAAAGGGAGUAGGGAGGAGGAGGAGAAGGAGGAGGAAAAGGAGGGAGGAGGGGGAGGAGAGUAAGGAGGGAGGAGGAGAAGGAGGGAGGAGGAGGACAGAAGGAGGGAGGAGGACAGAAGGAGGGAGGAGGAGGAUGAAGGAGAGGAGGAUAAGGAGGCUGGAGGAGAAGGAUGGGAGGAGGAGGAGGAUUCAGGACUGGGAGAGGAGGGAGGAGGAGAGGGAGUGGUGAGUCGGAGAGGGGAGUGAGGGAGGAGGAGGAGGACAGAAGCGAGACGAGGAGGGAGGAGGUAGGGUGAGGAGGCGAGGAGGAGGACGAAGGAGGAGAGGAGGGGACAGAGGGAAGGAGUGAGGAGGGGGAGGAGUAGUCGAGCGAGAGGAGAGUGAGGGGAGAGCGACGGAGAGUAGGGAGGAGGGGAGAAACGAUGGUCGGGGAGGUAAAGGAGAGAAGAAGGAGGGAGAGGAGAGAAGGAGGUGGGGAGGACGGAGACGGGGUAGGGGAGGGGGAGGAGAAGGAGGAGGAGAGGAGAAGGAGGGAGGAGAGGAGAAGGGAGUGAGGAGGGAGGAGGGCGAGGGGAAAGAGCUGAUGGUCGUGAGGAAGUGUAAAGUAUCUGUCUCUGUCGCUCUAUUUUUGUCUCUCUCUACCUCUCCCCCCCCCUCUCCCUCCCUCAGGUGAUGUUAGCAGAGCUGAAAGGCAGUGAGGAGGUGUUUGCAGUGAAGGUGUUGAAGAAGGAUGUGAUCCAGCAGGAUGAUGAUGUGGACUGCACCCUGACAGAGAAAACGCAUCCUGGCCCUGGGCUCGUACACACCCCUACCUCUGCCAGCUCUACUGCUGCUUCCAGACCCGGGUACACACACACACACCACACACACACACACACACACACACACACACACACACACACACACACAGAGCGACACACCAACCGUCUCCUCUCCUCUCCAGGACCGUCUGUUCUUUGUGAUGGAGUAUGUGAACGGAGGAGACCUGAUGUUUCAGAUCCAACGCUCCAGGAAGUUUGACGAGGCUCGCUCUUGCUUCUAUGCUGCUGAAGUCACCUCUGCACUCAUGUUCCUGCACCGCAACGGGGUUAUAUACAGGUAACCUCUGGCCCCUAACCUCUGCACUCAUGUUCCUGCACCGCAACGGGGUCAUAUACAGGUAACCUCUGACCCCUAACCUCCGCACUCAUGUUCCUGCACCGCAACGGGGUCAAAUACAGGUAACCUCUGGCCCCUAACCUCUGCACUCAUGUUCCUGCACCGCAACGGGGUCAAAUACAGGUAACCUCUGCCAUCUAACCACAGCCCACAUGUUCCAGCACCACAUAAGAAUGAUAUAGUGCUAACUGCUUUCAUUGAGCCAGUGUUACAGGUAACCAUGUCUCUCUCUCUCUCAAUUUCAAUUUCAAUUUAAGGGACUUUAUUGGCAUGGGAAACAUAUGUUUACAUUGCCAAAGCAAGUGAAAUAGAUAAUAAACAAAAGUGAAAUAAACAAUAAAAAAUUAACAUUAAACAUUACACUCAGAAAAGUUCCAAAAGAAUAAAGACAUUUCAAAUGUCAUAUUAUGUAUAUAUACAGUGUUGUAAUGAUGUGCAAAUAGUUAAAGUACAAAAGGGAAAAUAAGGUGCUUGUUCUUCACUGGUUGCCCUUUUCUUGUGGCAACAGGUCACAAAUCUUGCUGCUGUGAUGGCACACUGUGGUAUUGGGAGUUUAUCAAAAUUGGAUUUGUUUUCGAAUUCUUUGUGGGUUAGGAAGUGCAGCUCAGUUUCCACCUCAUUUUGUGGUCAGUGUGCUCAUAGCCUGUCUUCUCUUGAGAGCCAGGUCUGCCUUCAGCGGCCUUUCUCAAUAGCAAUGCUCACUGAGUCUGUACAUAGUCAAAGAUUUCCUUAAUUUAGGGUCAGUCACAGUGGUCAGGUAAUCUGUGUACUCUCUGUUUAGGGCCAAAUAGCAUUCUAGUUUGAUCUGUUUUUUGUAAAUUCUUUCCAAUGUGUCAAGUAAUUAUCUUUUUGUUUUCUUAUGAUAUGGUUGGGUCUAAUUGUGUUUCUGUCCUGGGGCUCUGUGGGGUCUGUUUGUUUUUGUGAACAGAGCCCCAGGACCAGUUUGCUUAGGGGGAGCUUCUCCAGGUUAAUUUCUCUGUAGGUGAUGGCUUUGUUAUGGAAGGUUUGGGAAUCUCUUCCUUUUAGGUGGUUGUAGAAUUUAACGGCUGUUUUCUGGAUUUUGAUAAUUAGCGGGUAUCGGCCUAAUUUUGCUCUGUAUGCAUUAUUUGGUGUUUUACGUUGCACACUGAGGAUAUUUAUCUGCAUGUCGAAUUUUAUGUUCCUUUUGAUGGCAUAGAAGGCCCUUCUUGCCUUCUCUCUCUCUCUCUCUCUCUCUCUCUCUCUCUCUCUCUCUCUCUCUCUCUCUCUCUCUCUCUCUCCCCCCCCCCCCCCCCCUCUCUCUCUCUCUCUCAGGGAUCUAAAGUUAGAUAACAUAUUGUUGGAUGCAGAGGGCCACUGUAAGCUGGCAGACUUUGGCAUGUGUAAGGAGGGCAUCAUCAACGGAGUUACCACCACCACAUUCUGUGGCACGCCCGACUACAUAGCGCCUGAGGUGAGCUUUUUAUUUUUAUUUUUAUUUAACCUUUAUUUAACCAGGUAAGCCAGUUGAGAACAAGUUCUCAUUUACAACUGCGACCUGGCCAAGAUAAAGCAAAGCAGUGCGAUUAAAAACAACAACACAGAGUUACAUAUGGGGUAAAACAAAACAUAAAGUCAAAAAUACAACAGAAAAUAUAUAUACAGUGUGUGCAAAUGUACCAAGUUAUGGAGGUAAGGCAAUAAAUAGGCUAUUGUGCAAAAUAAUUACAAUUAGUAUUAACACUGGAAUGAUAGAUGUGCAAGAGAUUAUGUGCAAAUAGAGAUACUGGGGUGCAAAUGAGCAAAAUAAAUAACAAUAUGGGGAUGAGGUAGUUGGGAGGGCUAAUUUCAUAUGGGCUGUGUACAGGUGCAGUGAUCGGUAAGGUGCUCUGACAACUGAUGCUUAAAGUUAGUGAGGGAGAUAAGAGUCUCCAGCUUCAGAGAUUUUUGCAAUUCGUUCCAGUCAUUGGCAGCAGAGAACUGGAAGGAAUGGCGGCCAAAGGAGGUGUUGGCUUUGGGGAUGACCAGUGAGAGAUACCUGCUGGAGCGCAGACCACGGGUGGGUGUUGCUAUGGUGACCAAUGAGCUAAGAUAAGGCGGGGAUUUGCCUAGCAGUGAUUUAUAGAUGGCCUGGAGCCAGUGGGUUUGGCGACAAAUAUGUAGUGAGGACCAGCCAACAAGAGCGUACAGGUCACAGUGGUGGGUAGUUGUCACGCCCUGGCUCUGGGACUCUGUUAUGUUGAGCCAGGGUGUGUUGUUUCUAUGUGUUUUGUGUGCUAGGGUGAUUUUCUAGUUCAUUUGUUUCUGUGUUGGCCGGUGUGGUUCUCAAUCAGAGGCAACGUGUAUCAGCUGUUGCUUGUUGUCUCUGAUUGGGAACCAUACUUAGGCAGCCUGUUUCCCACAGUGUGUUGUGGGAUCUUGUUCCGUAUGGUUUGUAUUGUAACCAAGGGACUUCACGUUUCGUAUCGUUUGUUUGUUUUGUUCGUGUGGUGUUCUCUAAAAAAUAAAGUAUGUUCGCAUUCCACGCUGCGCCUUGGUCCUCUGUGUUCGACGAUCGUGACAGUAGUAUAUGGGGAUUUGGUGACAAAACGGAUGGCACUGUGAUAGACUACAUCCAAUUUGCUGAGUAGAGUGUUGGAGGCUAUUUUGUAAAUGACAUCGCCGAAGUCAAGGAUCGGUAGGAUAGUCUGUUUUACGAGGGCCUGUUUGGCAGCAUGAGUGAAGGAGGCUUUGUUGCGAAAUAGGAAGCCAAUUCUAGAUUUAACUUUGGAUUGGAGAUUCUUAAUGUGAGUCUGGAAGGAGAGUUUACAGUCUAACCAGACACCUAGGUAUUUGUAGUUGUCCACAUACUCUAGGUCAGACCCGUCGAGAGUAGUGAUUCUAGUCGGGUGGGCGGGUGCCAGCAGCGUUCGAUUGAAGAGCAUGCAUUUAGCUUUACUAGUGUUUAAGAGCAGUUGGAGGCUACUGAAGGAGUGUUGUAUGGCAUUGAAGCUCGUUUGGAGGUUUGUUAACACAGUGUCCAAUGAAGGGCCAGAUGUAUACAAAAUCGUGUCGUCUGUGUAGAGGUGGAUCUGAGAGUCACCAGCAGCAAGAGCAACAUCAUUGAUAUACACAGAGAAAAGAGUCGGCCCAAUAAUUGAACCCUGUGGCACCCCCAUAGAGACUGCCAUAGGUCCAGACAACAGGCCCUCCGAUUUGACACAUUGAACUCUAUCUGAGAAGUAGUUGGUGAACCAGGCGAGGCAGUCAUUUGAGAAACCAAGGCUAUUUAGUCUGCCAAUAAGAAUGCGGUGGUUGACGGAGUCGAAAGCCUUGGCCAGGUCAAUGAAGACGGCUGCACAGUACUGUCUAUUAUCGAUCGCGGUUAUAAUAUUGUUUAGGACCUUGAGCGUGGCUGAGGUGCACCCAUGACCAGCUCGGAAACCGGAUUGCAUAGCGGAGAAGGUACGGUGGGAUUCGAAAUGGUCGGUGAUCUGUUUGUUAACUUGGCUUUCAAAAACUUUCGAAACGCAGGGCAGGAUGGAUUUAGGUCUGUAACAGUUUGGAUCUAGAGUGUCACCCCCUUUGAAGAGGGGGAUGACCGCAGCAGCUUUCCAAUCUCUGGGGAUCUCAGACGUUACGAAAGAGAGGUUGAACAGGCUAGUAAUAGGGGUUGCGACAAUUUCAGCGGCUAGUUUUAGAAAGAAAGGGUCCAGAUUGUCUAGCCCAGAUGAUUUGUAGGGGUCCAGAUUUUGCAGCUCUUUCAGAACAUCAGCUGUCUGAAUUUGUGUGAAGGAGAAGCGGGGGGGGGGGGGGGGGCAUGGGCAAGUUGCAGCGGAGGGUGCAGAGCUGGUGGCCGGGGUAGUGGUAUCCAGGUGGAAAGCAUGGCCAGCCGUAGCAAAAUGCUUGUUGAAAUUCUCGAUUAUUGUAGAUUUAUCGGUGGUGAUAGUGUUUCCUAGCCUCAGUGCAGUGGGCAGCUGGGAGGAGGUGCUCUUAUUCUCCAUGGACUUUACAGUGUCCCAAAACUUUUUGGAGUUAGUGCUACAGGAUGCAAAUUUCUGUUUGAAAAAGCUAGCCUUUGCUUUCCUAACUGCUUGUGUAUAUUGGUUCCUGACUUCCCUGAAAAGUUGCAUAUCGCGGGGGCUAUUUGAUGCUAAUGCAGCACACCACAGGAUGUUUUUGUGCUGGUCAAGGGAGGGCAGUCAAGUCUGAGGAGAAACAGGGGCUAUAGCUGUUCUUAGUUCUGUAUUAGUUCUUAGGGUCUGUAGAAAGCGACAACAGUGAGAGACUUAUUUCUGGAAAGGUGGAUUUUUAGAAGUAGAAGCUCAAACUGUUUGGGCACAGACCUGGAUAGUAUGAUAGAGCUCUGCAGGCUAUCUCUACAGUAGAUUGCAACUCCACCCCCUUUGGCAGUUCUAUCUAGAUGGAAAAUGAUUGUAGUUGGGGAUGGACAUUUCCGAAUUUUUGGUGGCCUUCCUAAGCCAGGAUUCAGACACUGCUAGAACAUCAGGGUUGGCGGAGUGUGCUAACGCAGUGAAUAACUCAAACUUAGGAAGUAGACUUCUGAUGUUAACGUGCAGAAAACCAAGGCUUUUACGGUUACAGAAAUCAACAAAUGAUAGCUCCUGGGGAGUAGGAGUGAUUCUGGGGGCUGCAGGGCCUGGGUUAGCCUCUACAUCACCAGAGGAACAGAGGAGGACUAGAAUAAGGAUACGGUUAAAGGCUUUAAAAACUGGUCUUCUAGUGCGUUGGGUACAGAGAAUAAAGGGGGCAGAUUUCCGGGCGUUGUAGAAAAGAUUCAGGGCAUUAUGUACAGACAAGGAUAUGGAAGGAUAUGAGUACAGUGGAGGUAAACCUAAGCGUUGGGUAACAAUGAAAGAGAUAGCAUUACUGGAGGCACCGAUUGAGCCGUCUCGGCGUGUAUGGGGGGUGGAACAAAGGAACUAUUUGAGGCAGUUUGAGAGGGACUUGGGGUUCAACAGUGAAAUUGUAUAAUAAGAACUAACCCAAACAGCAAUAGGCUAGGCAUAUUGACAUGGGAGAGAGGCAUAAUGCAAUCACAGGUGUUAUUAGAGAGAGCUAAGACAACAACUGGUAAUGGCGAUAAAGUUUGGGCUGAGGCUAAACAGAAUAAACAGGACAGGGUACCGUAUAAAGGAACAGUCCAGCAGGCAUCAGCUGUGCAGCUGAGUGAUCAUAAGGUCCAGUGAACAGCAAUAUGUGAGUCCAAGAGCAGUUGAAAUUGUAGUUGAAGUUGUAGUAUGUGUGUGCUAGCGGGCCGGGGCUAGUAGAUGGAUCUUCGUGGUCGUCGCAACGGGAAGCCUGUUGAAACCACAGACGAUUACGUCGGCAGACCAGUCGUGAUGGAUCGGCAGGGCUCCGUGUGGACUCUAGGAGGUCCCGUCCGGUUGACAGAGAGGUAGAUAGCCAGGAGAUGUGCUUGACUCAAGGCUAGCUCAAGGCUGAUUAGCCAACAACAACGUUCAUAUGGUUGCAGCUAGCUAGUUGCGAUUAUCCAGUCCAGUGAUUCAGUGAUUCCGGCAGAAAAUCCGAUAGGUUCUGGGUCGAUAAGUCGCUGUGCAGACAGUGCAGACUGGCCGAUAAUAGUCCAGACUAGAGCUGGCUGGUAGGUAGUGCAGGCCACGGACAAUGGAGAAAAAGCCGCUAACGGUGGCUAAUAGCAAGUAGCUAGUUAGCUGGUUAGCUGGCUACUCCCGUCCGGUAGACAGAGAGGUAGAUAGCCGGGGCUAGCUCAAGGCUCAAGGCUAACUGGUGCUACGGGGGCAGUGGUGAUUAGCCUACAGCAACAUCCAUUCGACAUCCAUUCGGUUGCGGCUAGCUAGAUCCUGUGUUAAGGUCCAGUGAUUCAGUUAUUCCGGCAGAAAAUCCAAUGUUCUUGGUGAAAACCGCUAACGGUGGCUAAUAGCAAGUAGCUAGUUAGCUAGUUAGCUGUCUGGCUAGUUUCAACUGGAGAUAAAGGUGAGUAAAUAAUAGAAUCCGUUCCACAUUGAGUGAGGCGGGUUGCAGGAAAGUAUAUUUAGUAGAAGGAUGAAAAGUGUGAUAGGGAAAUAUAUACGUAAAAUAAAAAAAAUAAAAAAACAACUGGCUAUUUACAUGGACACACAAGAGAACACGACCGCACUGCUACGCUAUCUUGGAGCUGAGCCGGUAUUAUGCUAAUUUCUGUCCCCUAAGGCAUAUCUAAACUGUCCCUCGUCUCUGACGUGUGAUGGCAGUGUUUUUAGAUCCUUGAAUGAUAACGUGUAUGUGUAGAUCCUACAGGAACUGGAGUAUGGACCAUCAGUGGACUGGUGGGCUCUGGGUGUGUUAAUGUAUGAGAUGUUGGCUGGCCAGCCUCCAUUUGAAGCAGACAAUGAAGACGACCUGUUUGAGUCUAUCCUCCAUGAUGAUGUCCUCUACCCCGUCUGGCUCAGCAAGGAGGCUGUAUCCAUCCUCAGAGCUGUACGUACCAUCACUCCAUCAUUGUACACCUUUAUCUCAUCCAUCCAUCCAUCCCUCAUAUCUGUGUACUGAUCUUUCUUUCUUUCUUUCUCUAAUGUCUUUGUGUCUGUACUGAUGUCUCUCUCUCUCUCUCUCACUGAUGUCUCUCUCUCUCCCUCUGUGUGUGUGUGUGUGUGUGUGUGUGUGUGUGUGUAUAGUUUAUGACUAAGAACCCAGGCCAGAGGUUAGGGUGUGUGUUGUCUCAGGGUUGUGAGGAGGCCAUUAAGAAACACUCGUUCUUCAAAGACAUCGACUGGACGCUGCUGGAGCUGAGACGACUCAAACCCCCCUUCAAACCACGCAUUGUAAGUCACACACCCACGCACACACAAACACGUGUCUCCUGGUUGACUCCGCCUUCUCACUCUCUCUCCCACUGUCUCUCUCUCCUCUCCUUCUUUCUAUGUAGAAGACAAGGCGUGAUGUGAAUAACUUUGACCAGGACUUCACCAGAGAAGACCCAGUGUUAACUCCCACUGACGAGGCUGUUAUCAGACAGAUAAACCAGGAGGACUUUAAAGGUUUCUCUUUCUGUGCAGAGACACAGAUCUGAGAACGUAGAUGCCCUCUAGGGUUUAGAUGUGUGUGUGUGUGUAUAAAACCUGUGUUGAUUGUUUACGAAGUGUUGUGUCCGUAGAGGAGUCUUGACACGUGGACCGGUGCUACUGGUUACAAUUAUUACUGCUGCCUGCAAAAAAUAAAUAAAUAAAAACAUUUGU